UAUAUAUAUAGGGAUCCGCCCUUUUUCUUUACUCCAUUUUCUUUUGCCUUUUCUUUUACCCCGUUUAAUGCCAAAACGCCUCCGUUUCAUAUUACCCCUCCAAUCAACAGCCGUUAUUAUUUUCUUUUUCAUUUAAUUUCCAAGCUGCUCGACCGUGUCCUGUAUGUUUGAUUUUUGAUUUUUUUUUAUUCUGCUUGCUGAGAAACGACGUCGCUUUGCCGUGUGUGCUUGAUUUUUUUUUACCAUCGCCAACAAUUGUUGACCUCAGCCGUUGAUUAGUCUGCUGCCCCGCCGCCGCUCCACCCGAUGCACCUGUACCACGGCACCGCUCUUUUCCUCCAAUAGUAUGCGUCGCCGCCCUCCUCGUCUCUAUCUUCAAUUUGUGGGCUGUCAUAUAUGGGUUUUCUGCAUUUUUUGAACUAGCUUCAUCUUUUCUCUUCGCAUUCAACCGGUUCCAAGAUUCAACCUUUUUUCGAUUCUUGGAUAACCCUUUGGUUACUGUCACAGGUUAGGACACUAAAUUUACUUAUUUUCCUGAUUCUUUCAACAUUCUUUCAUUAAUUACUGGAAAACUCAUGUAAACCCUUGUUAGGCGGCGUACUGAUUCUAAUUACGUAUCUAUCUUGUCUGUGCUUUUUUCUUUUGUUUUCGUAUAUGGUCUUUGUAGUUCUGAUUCUAAUUUGGUGGGUCAGUUUCAGAUUUGCAAAUUGGGCCGUAAAAGGGGCUUCAAGACUCUUGUUUAUUAGAGGAGGGUCUGGUGGUUCUGUUAAUUCCGGGACUAGCGCAAAUAUUCAUGGCUCCGGCGGUGGUGGUGGUGGUGGAGUGAAAAAGUUUGUAUUACACAUGUUCUUCCGUUGUACAACUAUAGUGGUUCUUCUUCUUUCCACCGCCGAUAUGACUACCGGCAAUUAAGCUGCAGCGUACCUCGACAUCGAGACCGGCGACUCCUCCGCCGGCGUUGAUGGGGGUGGAUGGGGCAGCGAUCCUGAUUUCUCUGAUCCUUUCGACAUUGCCAACACCAAAAACGCCUCCCAUGAAUCGCUCAAGCGCUGAAGGCAAGCCGCCCUCGUGCUUAAUACUUCGUGACGUUUCCGCUACAAGUUAGACCUGAAAAAAGACGAAGAACAAGAAAAGAGAAGACGGAUGAUCAGAGCACAUGCUCAAGUCACAAGGGCUGCACUGCUCUUUAAGUUGGCUGGACAACGAGCAAUAGUAUUAGGCACGACAGUAGCUCCACCAUCUCCUAACGGUGAUUAUGAAAUCGGACUCGAGCAACUUGCUUCGAUGAACAGGGAUCAUAAUAUUACAGCACUGCAACAAUAUGGAGGGGUUAAAGGGUUGGCAGAAAUGAUAAAAACAGACGUCGAAACUGGGAUAUACGGUGACGAAAAUGAGUUAUCACGAAGAAAGAAUGCUUUCGGCUCAAACACGUAUCCCGUGAAAAAAGGGAGGAGUUUCUUGAGGUUCUUAUGGAAAGCUUGGCAGGAUCUAACUCUCAUUAUUUUAAUAACAGCCGCUGUGGCCUCUUUGGCUCUCGGAAUAAAAAUCGAGGGCCUGGAGGAAGGAUGGUACGACGACGGAAACAUCACCUUUGCUGUUCUACCGGUUAUUUUUGUUACAGCAACUCGUGAUUACCGGCAGUCCCUCCAGUUUCAAAAUUUAAAUGAAGAAAAACGGAACAUCAAAUUGGAGGUGAUCAGAGGUGGCAGAAGAGACAAGGUUUCGAUAUACGAGAUUGUGGUUGGAGAUGUCAUACCUCUCAAGAUUGGUGAUCAGGUUCCUGCCGAUGGAAUCUUGAUAAACGGACAUUCUCUCGCCAUUGACGCAUCCAGCAUGACUGGAGAAAGCAAGAUUGUCCACCAAGACCACAAAAAACGAAUGUUAUUUCUCACACGUAGUGAUUUUCAAUGUUGCACCGGGAUUGUCACCCCAAUUCCUCUUCCCUGGUUUCUGACCGGAGCUUCAGGUUCGAGCAGCUAAUAUGUCGCUAGGGCUGUCCACUGUUUCUGCCGCCACUCCAUCGUCUGAGCGGAUUGCCUCGGGGGAGAGAGCACGAAAUGUGCGGCCGCCUGGC